AUGGGGAAGUCCAACAGCAAGCUGAAGCCCGAGAUCGUGGAGGAGCUGACCCGCAAGACCUACUUCACCGAGAAGGAGGUCCAGCAGUGGUACAAGGGCUUCAUCAAGGACUGCCCCAGCGGGCAGCUGGACUCGGCCGGCUUCCAGAAGAUCUACAAGCAGUUCUUCCCCUUCGGGGACCCCACCAAGUUCGCCACCUUCGUGUUCAACGUCUUCGACGAGAACAAGGAUGGGCGGAUCGAGUUCUCGGAGUUCAUCCAGGCGCUGUCGGUGACCUCCAGGGGGACUCUGGACGAGAAGCUGCGAUGGGCCUUUAAGCUUUACGACCUGGAUAACGACGGCUACAUCACCAGGACCGAGAUGCUGGACAUUGUGGACGCCAUCUACCAGAUGGUGGGGAACACCGUGGAGCUCCCCGAGGAGGAGAACACCCCUGAGAAGAGGGUGGACCGGAUCUUCGCCAUGAUGGACAAGAACGCCGACGGCAAGCUGACGCUGCAGGAGUUCCAGGAGGGCUCCAAGGCCGACCCCUCCAUCGUGCAGGCGCUGUCCCUCUACGACGGGCUGGUAUAG